AUGGUACUCAAUACGAAGUCACCUCUGUGCUUAAACUUGAUGGGUUUGACAAGAAGUCGAUGUUUUGAAAGAACAAAAACUUUCAGAUUUCAAUUGUUUUGGUUUGUGCCACCGAAGCGACUCCGACGUCAUCAAGCAUCAGUUAGAGCAGCAAAAAAUGCUAAGUCGUCCAUUUUCAAGACUGGCUCAAAAAGCGCAGUAGUUUCAUUACCAGAAUUAGAAGAAUAA